AUGCAGUUGUGGACAGAAUCGCCAAGAAAACAACCGUGGUCGUUGUCGAAGUUGUUACCAUUGAUUGCUUGCGAUCUUUCUAAAAUACAUUACCCUACUACGACAACACGAGCACCGAGAUCUCUUAUGAAGUGCUUGAAGUUAAAAGCUAAUGAAUGUAGAGUACUAUUGUUAAUCGAAUAUCCAAUAUUCAAGAAUUACUUACAAGACGUGUACUACCAACAUUUACAAAAAUUGGCGUUCGGCAUCAGCAUUGGUGAAUCUUCCAAUAUUUCAAUGACCAUGUUAGAUGAAAUGAAUUUAUUAUUAACAAGUUUUGUUGACGAAUUCCCGUAUCAUGAGCGUUAUGUUGUUCAAACGGUUCAUUGUGUUAAGCAUUUUGCGACGACGACCAAAGACUUUGGUCCUCUUUCAAAUUAUAGUACUUUCAACUACGAAAGCGUGGUUGGAUGCUUAUCUUCAUCAGUUCACGGUACAAAAAAUGUUAGUAGUGAAUUAGCAAAAAAUAUUGAUCUAUUUAAAAAAGCUUACCAUGCAUCAUCAUAUCAUUCUUCGUACUCCGAACGUUCACCGUUUAUAGAAUAUUUAAAAACUGGAAGAAAAUAUUCUAGUAAACCACGUUUAUCGAAUAAAACUAUUUCUCAACGAGAUUUAGAUAUAUUAUAUCAAUUAAUUUCAAAAGAAACCAGGCUAAAAUGCAUGAAAUCAAUUACACGUUACGGUUUGAUUGUUUCAACAAUAACAAGUUCAAAAUCAAAGAAGUUCACCGAUGCUUGCGUAGUUUAUCAAUAUCAAAAUACAGUGAAAUAUGGUAUAGAACAACAUGAGACAUCUUCAUCGUGUAUCGGUAAAGAACAACAAGGAACCUGUUCAUCUUCAUCAUCAUUGACAGCUGCAGGUGUACGACAAGAAAUUUUGAUAUCUUCUAUAAUUGAAGAACAACAAGAAACAACCAUUACAUCUCUUAGUAAUCAGGAAGAACAAAUUUCAUCGUCUUCGUUUUUAAAAUCGCAACUAUUAAAUGUUAAUGAUAUUAGUGGUUCAUGUUAUGAAGGUCCAACACAACCAAAACUUGUUUCUUAUCCAAUAAACAAAGACAAACGAUGCUUUCGAAGUGAAUGGUUUUUAAAAUUUAGUUGGUUGGAAUAUUCUAUAGAAAAUGAUUUGACUUUUUGCUAUUAUUGCAGACAUUUUUUUAAUGGAUCAAACUUGAAUAAUCGAGAUCAAUGUGAUUCAUUUUUACGUGGUUUCUGCAAAUGGAAGCGUGCAUUUUGUAGAAAACAAGGCUUUUUAAAACAUCAGAGUAGACGAAGCCACAUUAUAGCAGAAAAAAAUCACAAGGAGUAUAUUAUACGCACGAAAUCUGGAUCAUCUAUUGUUCAAGUGAUUGAUAAAUCGAGAAAUGAAAUAAUAAAAAACAAUCGUCAAAGAUUGAUGAAGAUUAUUUCAGCAUUACAUUUAUGUGCCAGACAGAUGAUUUCAAUAAGGGGUCAUGAUGAGAGUGAAGAAUCAUCUAAUUGUGGAAAUUUUGUAAAAUUACUUCGUUGGUCUAGUACAACUGAUCCAAUUUGUUCAGCUAUUCUUGAUGAUAGUGCUUAA